GCAAAAUAGUCAACAUCUGAGCUGGAGAAUGUGCUUGAGAAUACUUUUUCCUCCAUCUGGAACCAGUAGCACACAAAAUUAAGACUGGUAGGUUUGCAAAAAAAAAAAAGAAGAAGAAGAUUUGUGUUGAUGUGUAAAAACAUGGAGAAGGGCACAAAUUGUGUCCUCCCUAAAAGAGGGCACAUGUUGUGAUGAGACAUGGAGACCAAUCCCCUGUGUUGUGGGUGGGUAACAUUGGUCAGCCACAACACCCGAUUGGUAGGUCCCUCGAUGUUGGGUUCAAUCUGGCCAAUGGGGCGCAGUCCAAACAGAUCAAGGGACCUAUAUAGACCCAUGCACGUGACCCAGAGCUUCCUCUUUCGGCACGUGCAUCGGAACACCCACCCACCUCUCCCUAUAUUUAGGGCAUUUUGCGACUGACCUUGCUAUGCCGUCGUGUGUCAUCUGUCGUUGGGACAGGGGCACGGCAGGAAUUUUCCCCACUUGGCUGAUUGGCUGUUGCCAUUUGGGUUUUCGCCUGCCACGUAGCAAAUCGUCACAACUUGUAAGGUUGCGGAUAGCCACUGCUUCAUGUGAUAGGGGUGGAAGAAGGGUCUCGCCAUCUCUAUGUGAAGGGUAUUCCGUUAAAGGAAUCCAGGGACUCAACUGGUUUGGUCAACCCCUGAGAGGGCACAAACUGGACAUCCAAGCUAGAGUUGGUGAAAUUGCAGCAUUACAUAGAGUGUUUCACAUAUUACACAAGACAAAGCUAGAUGCUGAAGUCGUCAUGAGUAUAUUUGCAUGUCAGGUUUUGCAAACAAAUUUGUUCCAUUUCAGGAGCACACUUAAAAUGUCUUUGGCGUUGAAAAAAUAAUAUGUGAAAAGGUGUAAAGAUAUGGAGAAGCAUUCCAAAAUUUAUGGAAUAGCUUAUGAGUGCAUAUAAUAUGCUUUCCUUGUUCUUGCAUUACAGAGAAACAAGCCCACAUGCCAGGCUUCCUGUGGUGUUAUUGUCACUUUGCUAGCGUUACUAGAACUUGUUAUGGAAAAUAAUUGAAGCACCAAAUAACAUUCCCCUACAAGGAGAUGCCAAGAGAUGACUUAAAGGGCUACCAGGUUUGUGGUAGUCACUUGAAAGUUCUGUUCAUGCCAGUUCUCUGCCACAUACAUGCCAUACCAGCUAUAUGUAAGUUUAAUCUUUUUGCUUGCCCCUGCAAAUUUCAUUUUCAAGCAUUUAGAGUGACAUGCAAAACAUUUUGUUCUGUGCAUGGUGCCAAUUGUAUUUUCAAGGCCUUCUUCAUGAGCUGCUUGGUGUCUAGGGCUGGAGCGACCCAGACCUGAUAUUCGGUGCUCAUGACAGAAUUUCAUCCUGCUCAUAUACAAAACUGAUGUCGGGUUUUUCCAAAUCAAUAACUUCACCUUCUAAAAUUUUCCAGAAGAGCCUGUAACGGUUUUUAAUCUAUUCUAAAUGUCAGAACAAACAACAACUCUUCACAAAGCCCUAGCUGGAGGCAAAGAGAUGAGCAAGCAUCACUUCCAGGCCUCAUCCAAAGGUCUGUCUAUCAUUUGCCCUGCAUCAGGUUUCACGUUUGCAAACUUUGCUCAAGUACACAAUGGGGGGGGGGGGCAAGGCCGGAUUUAGGUUUGAUGAGGCCCUAAGCUACUGAAGGUAAUGGGGCCCUUUAUAUGUCCAGCUGUCCUUUGUCAUCAACAAAUUGUUGCUGUUUUUUGUGUUGAAUAAAUGCUAUAUGGUAAUUUCUGGACCUAAUAGGUAUCGAAAGCCAUUCGCACAUAAUAAAAUAUGUAUUUUAUCAAAGUAAUUGUUGAACUGAAAACAGUGAUAUUUUAAGGAGCAGGCUAGCAGGUGGGGUCCAUUACUUACAUCAUAGGAGCCUACACAACACAAAACACUGUUGCUGUAUGUAGGUUUCAUUUUAUUUGUUUUUUAUCUUAUAUUUUGGAAAUGUACAUCCAGGUGUUUUUUUCCUUUAAUUUUUUUGGGGGGCCCCAAGAGAGUGGGGCCAUAAGCUAUAGCUUGUUUAGCUUAUACGUAAAUCCAUCACUGGGUGGGGGAGAAGGGCUUACUUAACAUGCAUAACAUGCCACCUGUGCCACCAUUGUCCAGUCAAAUUUUUCUCUGCAAUCUAACCUACAUACAGUCACUUAACUGCAAGGAAUCAUUUAUAUCUUAUUUCCACACUGUGUGUGAGGAGAGCAAAGAAUAGAAACGGAGUCAGGUAUGGCAGGGGAGGAUAUUAGCCACUGUAGAUGUUUCAAGUGGUGUUCAUUAUCAUUAAGGAUCAAGGAGGAGUAUUCUAAAACAAGGAACUUUAUUUAAGCAAGCUUCCUUUCAACUGAUUACUCUCUCUGACCCCCCCAAUACUGUUGGACACCACCCCAACCUCUGAGCGGUGCAAGAUUCCAGGGGUUCCAGGCACUUAUUCCAAAAGGAAACACAAAUCCUGAAUGAGAAACAGCAGAGACUCUGGUGUCUUUAUGAUCUAUGGUUUAUAUUCACAUACAUAAUAAUAGAUUCAUAGAAUUGUAGAGUUGGAAGGGACCACAAGGGUCAUCUAGUCCAACCCCCUGCAAUGCAGGAAUCUCAGCUAAAGUAUCCAUGACAGAUGGCCAUCCAACCUCUGCUGUAAGACUUCCAAGGAAGGACAGCCACAACCUCCCGAGGGCGAUGGUUCCAGUGUCGAACUGCUCUUAUUGUUAGAAAGUUCUUCCUGAUGUUUAGCCUGAAUCUCCUUUCUUGUCACUUGAAGGCAUUGGUUCGAGUCCUACCAUCCAGAACAGGAGAAAACAAGCUUGCUCCAUCUGCCAUGUGACAGCCCUUGAGAUAUUUGAAGAUGGCUACCAUAUCUCCUCAGUCUCCUCUUUUCCAGCUCUGAAUUCUGAACAUCAUGCAGGCCCCAUGGCAUCGUCUUCUGUUGGUUUUAUUAGAAGGCAUCAAACUCUAAACACAUACUCUCCAACCCUUCUCCAACGAAAAUAGGUAUGACUUGCCAUACACUCCAGGGACGCAGGUGGCGCUGUGGGUUAAACCACAGAGCCCAGGACAUGCCGAUCAGAAGGUCGGCAGUUCGAAUCCCCGCGACGGGGUGAGCUCCCGUUGCUCGGUCCCUGCUCCUGCCAACCUAACAGUUCAAAAGCACGUCAAAGUGCAAGUAGAUAAAUAGGUACCGCUCCAGCGGGAAGGUAAACGGCGUUUCCGUGUGCUGCUCUGGUUCGCCAGAAGCAGCUUAGUCAUGCUGGCCACAUGACCCGGAAGCUGUACGCCGGCUCCCUCAGCCAAUAAAGCAAGAUGAGUGCCGCAACCCCAGAGUCGGCCACGACUGGACCUAAUGGUCAGGGGUCCCUUUACCUUUACCAUACACUCCAACAUUUAUCCAAUGAAAAUAGGGACAUCCUAAAGGAAAGCGGGACAUUCCGGGAUCAGAAACCGGGACGGCUUCUGUAAAUCUGAGACUGUUCCUGGAAAAGAGGGACACUUGGAGGGUCUGCAAACAUAAUUUUUAGAGCGGGUCUCAGAUUUGCAGGAAUGUCACAUGUUUGAUUCAUUGGUGGGAACUAUGUUCUCAAAAGCAGGUAGCUUCAUAAGAGUUAAGAUUCAUCCUGCACAUUUUCUUGCCGUGAGAGGGGAAGAUGUGCAGACAUUGUUAGAUUCACAUCUCAGGGGGCCUUUUUUAUCUUCUGCUAUUUCUAAUACAUUUUGCUUGCAGUGCCUUCGCCUGGCAUUUCCUCCAGCCCACUGAACCACAGGAAGUAGAAGUGGUGGGGAUUUGGAAAUAAUGACUUUGCUGAAGCAGAUCAUCUUGGAGAUGUCCCCGUCCCUUACACACAGAGAGAAUUCAGACCUCUGAGGACACCAUCAGGCAUAAUCGUCAAGUGCAAAGCCAUUUAGAAGACUGAAGGAAGGCAGGAGGUGCGAACAGUUCCCAUCCAUCAGGCUAAGCAACCCCAAAGUGACUGGCAGUAGCUUUAGCCUGGGUGGGUGACUUUGAUGGACAUGUGGCCAGGCACAAUGUAAUGCCCUUAGGAAAUUCAAAGGGAUCUGGAAAGGCAUGGACAAGCAUGGACUUGUUGCAACUGGGAACUGUAACUAUGAAGAGGUCUCAAACAGAGAAACAGUCGGGCAGGAAGUUAGCUGCAGGCUUUUCUGCAGGCGUUCCAAGUGGCAGUCAGACAGCAGCACGAAAAAGACCAAUUUCCUUUUUCCCAUUUGAUCUCAAUCUUACUGCUCAAGUGUAAAGUGGACUUGUCAAAAACCAGGCAAGGAUAUAGUGUGCUGUCUGCCCCCAAUCAUUUCUCUCCCGUAAGGAUGUAAACAGCUCGGCUUGCUUUUUUGACGGCUCAAGAACAGCACAUCUAUGAAAUCUCACGGUCUCCAUUGGGGGGAAGCGCUCAUGAGAUCCCUUAACUUGGAUAACAUCCUAUAGCACAAUUUCACCCCUUCCUUGUUCACAAAAAAUAAACACAAAGGGAU